GAAUCUAAAAUGCCGGGCGCCGGUACUUUCAAAAUCUUCGUCGGGAAUCUAUCCGAUAAAACGACGGACGCCGAUCUCAGGCCGCUGUUCGAAAAGUUCGGUACGGUCGUAGAAUGCGAUAUCGUCAGAAAUUACGGUUUCGUACACAUGGAAAACGAACAAGUCGGCCGCGAAGCCAUUCAGAACCUUAACGGAGAAAUAGUUCACGGGCAGGCGAUCAAAAUAGAAGCGGCCAAGAGCCGAAAGGCCCCGUCGACGCCAACUACUAAAAUAUUCGUCGGUAACCUAACGGACAAGACGCGCGCGCCCGAGGUUCGCGAGCUGUUUCAGAAGUUCGGCACGGUCGUCGAGUGCGAUAUCGUUCGUAACUACGGCUUCGUACACUUGGACGCGUCGGGCGACGUGAACGAGGCUAUCAAAGAGCUGAACGGUAUGAUGGUGGACGGGCAGCCGAUGAAGGUGCAGCUGUCCACGAGCCGCGUGCGCCAGCGGCCGGGCAUGGGCGACCCCGAGCAGUGCUACCGCUGCGGGCGCGGCGGGCACUGGUCCAAGGAGUGCCCCAAGGCGCUGGGUCCCGACCGCAACGGUUUCCGCGAUCGGGCGUUUGGCCGCGACCCCUACCCUCCGCCGCCGCCGCCGCCCUUCCUCCGCGAUCGCAUGAUGGGAGGAUUCGGGGAUCCAUACGAUGGGUACUAUGAUAGAGCUCGUUUUGGUGAGAGUCCACGGGAUUUGUUCGAGCGUCGCUACCCGGUGGGUGCAUCCCGGGGGCUAGAUAUGGGUGCUUCCCGCGCACGGGGAGACUUCGUGUCGCCACCACUACGCAGAGAGCCCAUGCCCCCCAUGCCCAAUCUGCCUCCCAUGAGGAGCAGCAUGGGUUCCAUGAGAUCCUCCUACGACGCUAUGUACAGCAGGAGGAGUCCUCCGCGUGGACCACAAAUGUCGAGAGGAAUGUAUGAAGACUUCAGUAGAGACACAUUUGAUGAUAGAAGGCCGGGGAUGCGAGGUCCUUCGCCUCCAAGAAGAUACGCCCCGUACUAAAAGAAUGUUCAAUAUCAAUUGACAUGUGUUAUAUAGAAUUAUUUUAACACUCCAAGAACUCAGUACUGUGUGUAGUGUGAAUAAUUAAAUAAUCAUAUUGGACAAUCGCAGAAUUUCUUGUAACAUAUCUCAUCUCAACAAUAUAUUUGUUUAGUAUUUUAUUUUCCCAUACAUUUCUAUAUUCUUUAGUAUACUUAACCAAAUAUUUUGUAGGGUAAAUUGUAAUAUGAAGUUGAAAUUAUUCCCGCUAGUAGCACAGAUAGAGGACAAUAUUAAAGUCAAGUGACUGAUUUUCGUCUAAAUUAAGUGUCUUGCAUGGCUGCGUUCAUUUGUACGAAAUGUGAUGAAAGUGUAAAUAGGUUAAUAAUAAAUUUCAUUUUUAAGUA